CUGCACUUAAAAAAAAUAUCAGUCAUCACGGUAUCUUUUGAAUAGAAAAGUACAUGGAGCAGCCACAUCAGUUGCCUAUAAAUCCAUAUGCGCUCACUUCUCAUACUAAAAACAAAGACCGCAUUCCAGUUUCAAUCAUCAAGUUGGAGGCAAGGCAAGAGGAGAAAUGAAGGGACUUAGAUGGAUAGUCAAGACUCUUCACAAUCACAAGAGAGGUGCCAAGAGCCAGUGCAACUGGGAAUUACAUGGAUGCACUGCUGAAGAAGGCAAACCCCACGAUGCACUGAUAAACUGUCAAGAAUGUUUAGGAUCUGAUAACAGGACAGAAAUUGGCAAAAUGGGCAAGGAGAGUACUGAAUUCAGAGUUUUGGAGGAUGCUAACAUUGAAAGAAUUAUCUUCUAUGAUGCAUUGCGGAUGAAACUUCUCAAAAGCCUUUACUAUGAUCAUCACCAGCAGUUUUCCCAGUCUGCGAUUGAAGAGAUCUGCAAACAUUGCAUGAGUUGUAGCCAACAAUGCAAUUUUAUGGACUGUCAGAAUGCUACCUAUUUAAGACGCUAGAGCAAUAAACUCUGAGCUAGUGAGGCCAGUGAAGAAACACGCUACAUUUAGUUUUACAAUAUUAACUAGAAAUCAUUGGAUUGCUUUACUUACUUUCCCUUGCAAAGAUAUUAAUUUUCUGAGAGCUCCUUUUGGAGCAUUGAGUGAAAGUGAAACCCUCUCCAGUGAGCUUUGUAACGUUGAUCCCUGUUAUCGAGUGAAAGAUGAUGCGACAAUAGUUAACUAAACUAAUGAAUAAUAGAAUCCACUACUGUAUUUGACAUAGUAUAAUAACACCUAUUGGGCUAAUGAAAACCAAAGUUAAGUACUUAUGAUCCAAAUUACUAAACAAAUAGACGUAAGAGUCAGAGCUUCUCAUUUGGAGAUU